AUGGGUGCUUCAGUAUCUAAGAUGAUGGGGAAGAUCUUCGGCACGAAGGAAAUGCGUAUUCUGAUGUUGGGUUUGGAUGCUGCUGGAAAGACAACAAUUCUUUAUAAAUUGAAACUCAGCAACCAGGACGUGACCACCAUUCCUACCGUCGGAUUCAACGUCGAGAGUGUUACCUAUAAGAAUGUCAAGUUCAAUGUCUGGGAUGUUGGUGGUCAAGACAAGAUUCGACCUCUUUGGCGACACUACUACUCCGGCACACAAGGCUUGAUUUUCGUGGUAGACUCCAGUGACACGGCGCGUUUGGAGGAGGCUCGCUCGGAGCUUCACAAGAUCAUCAACGAUCGUGAAAUGAAAGAUGCUCUUCUGUUGGUGUUUGCCAACAAGCAGGAUGUUCCUGGACACCUAAGCCCGGAGGACGUCACUAACCAGCUCCAACUCACAAAGCUGAAGGAUAAGCUGUGGUAUGUCGCUCCCAGUGUUGCUACCGAUGGUACUGGUAUCUUUGAGGGCUUGGCUUGGCUCUCGAAUAAUGUUAAAACCCAACCUGCGAAGUAA